GGAUUUAUCUAUAUCAGUGAGUGCCUUUUCUUUAUACAUACACUGGAUUUCAUGGAUAUGCCUAGAUUCUUUAUUUAGCAUUGUGCUUUGUUUCUGUCAUUGUGCUUUGUUUCCUAUAACACACGAGUUUAACGAGGAGUGCAGAAGUUGCUGUUUGAUAGACAAAUGGCCUAACCUUAAUUACAAUGUUGUAGAAGGUUUUACCUUCCCAGUUACUCAAUCCUAGGAGGUGAUUGGUAGGAAGCCUUAUCCUGAUUCUAUAUUUAUGAGAUUUCUAACCCACCAGAGAGGGAAAGUAGACCAAAGAGAGAGAGAUGGAAGAAGGAUUGAUAGCAGAGAUAUGGUGCUCUCUUGUAUUCAUAGGAGUAUGUAGUGUGUUUAUAAGAGUAUGUCAUGUGGUGUGGCUGAAGCCCAGAAGGAUUCGGUCAAUAAUUUGGAGGCAAGGCAUUAGGGGGCCACCACCUUCCUUUCUCUAUGGGAACAUUUCAGAGAUGCAGAAGAUCCAAUCCUCCAUGAUCAACAAUCCUUCUGAUGGCCAAUCUGUCUCUGAAAACUGGACUCACUCCAUCUUUCCUUAUUUCCAAAUAUGGAGACAAAAGUAUGGUCCAGUAUAUAUGUACUCAACAGGGAGCAAGCAGCAUCUGUAUGUGAGCCGGCCUGACUUACUAAGGGAAUUGAGCCUGCACAAGUCCUUGGAUUUGGGUAAACCUUCAUAUCUGUCUGAGACAUUUCAGCCUUUGCUAGGUGAUGGCAUCAUUAAGGCUAACGGAAACAACUGGGUCUACCAGAGGAAACUCAUUGCUCCUGAAUUCUUCAUCAACAAGGUCAAGAAUAUGGUGGGACUGAUGGAGCAAUCUACCAUAGCAAUGAUGAAGACAUGGGAGAAUCGUAUAAUAGAGAGUGAGGGAGGGGUUGCAGACAUGAUUAUUGAUGAGGAUUUGAAGAGCCUCUCGGCAGAUAUAAUAUCAAAAUCCUGUUUUGGCAGCUCUUACUCACAAGGCAAUCUGAUUUUUGCGAAGAUUGCCUCCUUGCAAGAUGCCUUGUCCAAACCAAGUGCACUUUUUGGACAAUCCAACUUUAGAUUUCUUCCGACGAAGAGCAACAGAGAGAUAUGGAGGUUAAAGAAAGAGGUGGACACACUGAUACUCAAGGUAGUCAAGGAUCGUCAACAAGAAAGCCAAAAAGGCACAGUGCCUGAAAAGGACCUUUUACAAAUGAUGCUUGAAAGUGCUGUUACUAGUGAUGACAAGUUCCCAAGGUUGAAAACAGACCGCUUCUUUGUUGACAUAUGUAAAAAUAUCUACUUUGCAGGCCAUGAGACUACUGCUCUUUCAGCCUCCUGGAUCUUGAUGCUACUUGCAUUACACCCUGAAUGGCAGGAACGUGUUCGCGCUGAGAUUCUUGAGGUCUGUGGAGAUCAUUUAUAUAAUCUCUUUCAACACAUGGAUGCAUUUCGCAAGUUGAAAAUGUUGAUGAUGGUGAUCCAAGAGAGCAUUCGUCUUUAUGGACCUGCUGUUAUAACGGCAAGGGAAGCUUUUUCAGAUAUCAAGUUGGGGGGUUUUGUAGUGCCAAAAGGCGUCCACAUAUGGAGUUUGAUUCCUGCAAUGCACCGUGACCCUGAAAAUUGGGGUCUAGACGCAUUGGAAUUUAAGCCAGAGAGGUUUGCACAUGGGAUAUCUAAAGCAUGCAAGUAUCCCCAAGCAUACAUACCAUUUGGCUAUGGGAGUCGAUUAUGCCCUGGCCAGAACUUUGCAAUGCUUCAACUCAAGGUAGUACUCUCUCUCAUAUUAUCCAACUUUUCCUUUGCCCUCUCUCCAGAAUACCGUCACUCCCCUGUUUAUAAAAUGUUACUGACGCCACAACAUGGAGUAAGACUACUCAUAACGAAGUUGCAGGGAAACCUGGGUUAAGGGUCAUAACCUUCACAUGUCUGCACAAUAAGGCAACUACAUAUAAUUGUGUUUUUGUCUUGCAUACUGCAGUUGUAUAUAUACUUUUUAUUAUGCUACAAAAUGUAUUAGCAUUGUCAUCUCCUGGGUUAAGGUUCUUGACUCUUGAAAACAUCGUAUGUUUAUUCAAAUGCUUUAUAUGAUAUAUGUAUGUACAUGUA